CAUCUAGCAUACUGGCUAAAUGUGUAAGCCUGCUUUACUUCAUUUUUCACUGCUUUUGCCAUUACUUUGCUCGCUAAUAUGAGGACCCAGAGGAACGACAACACACCUUGAGUCUAUAAACUGUCGUGUCAAGAUUAAUUGAUUCUUUUUUUUUUCGGCGUGGACAUCACCCCUGCCUGCAGGAAAUACAACUGGCUAGUGGACCUGCUUGGAGAUCCAGCGUCAGCCUGCAGUGCCAGAGGGGAUGGAUCCUCUGGGUGCUCGCUCCCAGUUCGUGGACAUCCAGACUCUCCCCACGUGGCAGCAGCAGCUGGGUGAGGAUGGUGAGGAGCCGCCGCUGGACCCGAGCGACAGCCUGCUCAGCCAGCAGGACUUCCCCUCGCCUUUCCCCUUCAGACCAGACAUCAACCGCAAGAUCAUCCUCUUUGCUGGUGAUGUGGCCCUACUGAACUGCACCUUCAUCGUGAACACCAGCAACGAGUCACUAAACGACAAGAACCCGGUGUCUGACAGCAUCCAUCAGCUGGCGGGGCCUGAGCUGCGAGACGAGCUGCUCAAACUUAAAGGAUGUCGGACGGGGGAGGCAAAGCUGACCAAAGGCUUCAACCUGGCGGCGCGGUUCAUCAUCCACACGGUGGGACCAAAAUACAAAGCCAAGUACAGGACAGCGGCGGAGAGCUCGCUGUACAGCUGCUACAGGAACAUCAUGCAGCUAGCUGCAGAGCAGUCGAUGGCAUCUCUUGGCUUCUGUGUGGUGAGCACGACCAAAAGAGGUUACCCACUGGAGGACGCUACGCACAUCGCUUUCAGAACAGUGCGCAGGUUCCUGGAGAAUCAUGGAAACAGCAUAGAGGCGGUGGUGUUCGCAGUGUCGGACGCAGAGGAGCCGGCGUACAAGAAGUUGCUGCCUCUGUACUACCCUCGCUCUGAGGAAGAGGAGAAGGCCUGCCUGCCUCUCAUCCCAGCUGACAUCGGCAACUCUGAGGGUGAACCGGUCGUCCCAGAGAGACAGAUCCGCAUCGCCGAGAAACCAGGCACCCUGGAAGAUGAUUCUGAAGAGGAUAGCCUGGAGUCAGAUCUGGGUCAGGUGGGGAAUCACGCGUUCGCCCGGAUGGAGGGUGACGUGGACAAACAGCGGAAACAGAUCCUUCAGGGCCAGAUGUCCGAGGCAGCCAUGCAGAAACAACACCAGCGGAAUUACAAUCGCUGGCUGUGUCGUGCGAGAGCAGAGGAUCUGUCCGACAUCGCCGCACUGAAAGCCUUAUACCAAACUGGUGUGGAUAUGUGUGGCAGGACAGUGAUGGUUCUGGUUGGACGAAACAUCCCAGUGACCCUUAUUGACCUUGAAAAGGCCCUGCUGUACUUCAUCCAUGUGAUGGACCACAUCACAGUGAAGGAAUAUGUGAUGGUGUACUUCCACACCCUCACCGGCGAACACAACCACCUGGACUCCGACUUCCUUAAGAACCUCUACGACAUCGUUGAUGUCAAGUUUAAAAAGAAUAUAAAGGCCUUCUACUUUGUACAUCCAACGUUUCGCUCUAAGGUCUCAACGUGGUUCUUCACCACCUUUAGUGUGUCGGGGAUGAAGGACAAGGUUCGCUACCUGGACAACCUGCAGCAGCUCUUCACCUGCAUCAAACCUGAGCAGAUCGACAUCCCUCCGUUCGUCCUGGAGUAUGACACACGGGUGAACGGACCCUACCAUCCUUCCCAGUCUUCCGGUCUGUGACAGGAGACCAAUCAGCCCUCCCUGCUGGGCUGAUGAGGUGGUGUCAGACUGUCAACUUGAGGCCAUUUAUGGACAUCAUGUUUCCCGUGUGGUCUGAACUCCUAACCUCCUCUGAACCAUAGUGGGGAAACUCUCCUUUUGUUCUGUCACCGCCAAAAGGACAAAAUUAACAGUCACAGCCCACGUUUAGCAGCAUGUGGCCUGGUGAGCGGUGAUCCUCACUCACCACAGACUAUUUGUGGAUCUCGUAUGGUUUCUGGACUAUGCCUUACGCCAGGAGUUCUUAUUCAGCAGUCUCCUCAAACAUCCCUAAAUAUGAAGUAUCAUGUCAAGCCUGACAGUUGCUCAUAGCCUUUUCCGUCGUGUGGUCAUAUCAGACGACCUCGCCCAUGUCUCAGAAUUUUGUCAGACUUUUAAAAUGCUGAAGUAAGAGACUAAGACUACGUCUGUCUGGAUUUCCGCACUGUUUCAUUCUGUACCAUACCACAUUGGAUUGCAGAAACUCUGGCUGAAGUAAAGACGUACGCUGCAUUCAAGCAGAAGUUGGAAUUUCCACCUUGUACUUUGACAUCACAACCUCUGCGUCACAAUCGGAAAACCCCAGGGGAGAAGAAUUAACACCUGGGAGAUAUUCUUCAGUGGAUAAAAACACUGCUCCUUGUGCAACAACUAAUGUCAUUUUUUUUUUAUAAUUGCCAGGUAACAUAGGACAUUAACUUUCUAUCACAUUUUGAAAAAUGCUCUUAUGUGAUUUCUUGCCGUGAGUUAGAAGAGAAGAUCAGUACCACUCUCAUACUUGUAUGUUGAAUACGAAGCUGUGGCCAGGAGACGGUGAGCUUAAUUUAGCAUAAAGACUGGGAGCAAGGGAAACAGAGAAGUCCCUGUAAAACCACAACGUGUCAUUUGUACACUUAGCACAGUUUACACCAACAUGCAUGUUUGUGAGCUGUAAAUGUACCUUUAAACAGAGCCAGCUAGCUGUAGCUUCAUGUUUAACUCACAUAUAAGAGAGUAGUAUCUCUCCUGUCAUCUAACGCUUGGCGGGAGAGCAAAAGAGCAUAUUCCCCCAAAAAUGUUAACCUUUAAUUCUUUAAGCUUUCGAUCCACACAAAGUGACUGGAUUGUUGACAUAAUGCUGCUCAGUGUUAACAAUGUAACACGCCUUGUUGACUACCACUUCCUUUUCUGUUGUUUCUUCCUUGCGGGAGGUUUGUAAUUGUUCACUAUGGUGUGUCUGGAAGGCAGCAUAUACUAUGCCCUGCUACCACCGCUGUGAACUUUUGUCACCAACCUUGUUAAAACUAGUCAGUCAACAAAGAUCAUUUUGAGACACUUAUUUUGCAAAGGAUGCCACAUGAGAGAAUCUGCUGCUUUUUCUGUUGUGUUUCCUCACAAGUUGAAUACUUUUUGGUUCUGAACUUUAAGUUGCACAAAAACAAGCAUAUUUAGGACGUCACGUGUGCCUCUGGGAACUUCACAUUUUUUGCUUCUUUCCAUUAUUUCCUUUUAUAGGUUUAUAGCUUAAAAAUAAAUCGAUUUUUAAAAAAAUCAAUACAUUAAUCAAUAAUGAUAAUAAUCAUUAGUUGAAGUCCAAGCACAAGGCUGUCAGGCAGAAAGUUCUCUUCUUCUAUGGUAGUGCCUGUGUAAAGAUAGCUAGCCUUUGCUAAAUCAUCCUGAGUGUCAAGCUGAAAGUGCUUUCUGUCUGCAGAUGCAUUUUACAGCUUUAUGACAGUCAGGAGAUGACCUAUAGGAUUACAAACAAAUGUCCCUACUGCACUAACUUAUUGUCUCGUCUAUAUGUUUCCAAAUUGUCUUACAGUGUUACAUCGUGUUUGUUAAAUACUCACUGUUUCCACUCAUGAGAAGGCAUAGCUUUGUUUUAGGGGUGCACAAGCCUGAAAGGAUGAAAAUCCUCACCCUCACAUGUUCCUCAGUCAGCAAUUUCCUGUUUUAUUUGCACAGUUAUCUGCUUUGCUCGCUGUUUUCACAAUGCACAAGUAGUUUGAUUUUAACCUGGACUCCCAGACGAGCAGGAUUUACGUCAUCAGGGAAAUCAGAUAAACUAAACUUUGAAAACAUUCCUGUGAUUGUCUGAACUUUCAAGCAGUCAUUGCUGUAUGUAGCAAACCCCAUCUGUCUGGCACCCAAGAGGUAACACUAUCACAACAAAUGUAGAUCCUGUUUGACUGAUGUCUGUCACUGAGGGAUUUCACCUGCAUGUCGUUUGUCUUCACCUGUCCUGUCUGCUGUAUCUCCACAUACCAGCUAAACAUCAGGAAUCUGCACGUUUAAAUCAUUUGAGUUCUGUUGGCGAGAAACAGCCUCUCCCAGCUGCUCGUGGUAAAGCUCUUACCCUUCGAUAUCCUCACUAAUAUCAGUCAUUGAGAACUCCAGACACAGGAGCAAGUCAUGUGACAUCAUGAGAGCUCAACUUGAAAUUUGAGGCUUCUAAAAUUGUAACUUACAUGUUGUUGGAUCACUUGCUUAAGUACAUUUCAGCGAUUGCUGCCCUCUGUUUUAUGUCAAUAAACAAUUAAAGAAAAUGCAGUCAAUGUGAAGCAGAUUUUAUCAACUUUAAUUACAUUUUUAAUGUCUUUAAAUCUUAUUUUUCCAAAAAAAAAAAAAAAAAUGUUGGGGGGUGAUUCCAUGUACAACUGCAUUGAAAACUAGUGAAUUUCCUCACAUCAUGCUUUUACAAAAAUACAGAUUUAAAGACUGAUUAUGACAAUGGAUUCUUAAAAAUGCCAUAAAUACGAGCAUCUGAGUAAAUCUGGCUGUUACAGGCUUCAUAUCAGUGAAGUCAUCAGCAUUAACUUUAUUGUAAGAACUGUGAUCAUGUCAGAAUGUAUGUACUAAAUGAUGAGCCAAAUCUUGACUUCCUGGAAAUGUAUAUUAUGUUUUUUUUUAUUAUUAUUUCAAGUGAUGAAUAGGGGUUGGUUGUCAACAACCUCUGAUUCACAGGAAGUGACUUCUCUCUGUUCACACUUCCUGUUAGGUCUCUUGAUUUUUUUUUUUUUUAUACACACUGAUUAAAAUGAUUUCCCUGUUCCUGUGUAUUUUUCAGUUUGAUAAUUGAACGCUCUGCUUGUCCUUUUAAUAAAGA